UGACUACGUGGCAGGGCAGGUUUGAAGUAGACAAAGGUGAUCAAAUUUAAACUUUUAAUUUAAAACCUGUCAGUUUAACUUUAAGUGGGUAAGACAGCCCUUGUGACUAGAUCAUUCUACUCAAGAGAUCCGACUACUGAACAAUCAGAGAGCCAUGGUGAGCUUCAAGUUAAUGCUCCUGGUACUUGCUGGCCAACUGGUCUAUGGAGCUAAGGUGAAGCAGCCGAAGCAGAAGAAGCAACAGAAAGACGAUACCCUCUCAGCCGCGACUUUAGGAUUCUCCCAGAGACUUUACCAGAAGGUGGCGCUCGACAAAUCGAACAUCGUCUACUCUCCAUACAGCAUCCACGCAAUUUUGACUAUGACAUCACUUGGAGCAAAAGAGAAUACGGAGAAAGAAAUGUUAGAAACACUUGGUGUCAAAUCUCGUUCUAAAGUGUCUGCUGCGUAUGAGAACUUUACAAACGAGAUAAACUCAGUCCAAGAUGUCACUAUAAACAUAGGCAACGCCAUUUUUGUCAAUCCUGAAGUAAAAAUCAAAUCCAAAUUUGCUAAAGAAGCUGAGACCAAAUUUAGCGCCACAACAAAGAACUUUGACUUAUCCUCCCCUGGAGGACCCGAGAAAGCAAUCAACGACUAUAUUGCUGAAGCCACGAAAAACUUGAUCAAAGACAUAGUGUCAGAAGGAUCCAUCACAGCGGACACCGCCAUGGUGCUAGUCAACACCAUUUUCUUUAACGGCACCUGGGAAUAUAAAUUUGGCAAAGCAUACAAAGAAAAGUUUUUUAAAAAUGGCGGCAAGAAAGCAAAAAAAAUUAACACGAUGAGCGUAGAAAUGGACAUCAAACACAAGAAAGAUGAAACCAAUGAAGUUGAUGUGGCCGAACUGCCGUUCCAGGGAGGAAGGUUUGCUUUGUACAUAGCCCUGCCCGAGAAGUUGGAUGGUAUCGCAAGUCUUGAGAAAUCUCUAUCAGGUCAAAAUGAGAUUGAUCAGCUUUUUACUGGACUCAGCAAGAAAACUGUUUUUGUCCAAAUUCCAAAGUUCACGACAGAAUCAACACUUGACUUGAAUGAGCCUCUGCGUGAACUUGGUAUGGUCGAAGCAUUUGACUCUGGGGCUGACUUUAGCCGCAUCACCACCUCGAGAAAAAUCUUCAUCAGCCAAGUGAUUCACAAGGCCAAAAUCGAGGUCACGGAGACAGGAGUUACAGCGGCUGCAGCUACUUAUGUGGGACUAAUUCUUACCUCAGCUCCCAUACCCAAACCUAUAAAUUUCAAAGCGGAUCACCCAUUUCUCUACUUCCUCAGGGAUAAUCAAUCCGGGCAAAUUUUGUUCCAAGGAAAAUUUUCCGGCUGAGUAGAUCAAAAUAAACCUUGACAUGAUUUGAAUUAAUAUUUUUUCAUUUGUUAUCUUUUAAAAAUAA